AUGUCCAAAGAAUGCAAACCGAAGGAGAAUGUGUGUAAGAAUAACAAGAGUCAUACAGUAAUGAUGGAUCGUUGCAAAAAGUUGGAGUGUUGGGUAAUAUUAAAGCGUUUGAUGGUGGGAAGAGAUGGAUGGGCUUUGAAACAACCUCUUGUUGAUGAUAAGUCGAGAUCAAGUAAUAAAGAAAAAAUAAGUUUGGAAAAUAUUGAGUCCAACUUGAAGAAACUCAAGUACUCAAAAGUUGAUGAAUUUGCUAAUGAUAUGAGGCUUGUGUUCUCUUAUGCAUUGCAAUACCCUUCAUGGAGUGAAGUUCACAAAACUGCGAGAAGAAUCAAAGACACUUUUGAGCUCUCAUGA